AUGAAAGCCCCUAGCCUCCUCACUUGGCGUGUCUGCCAUCCGGCCUUCGCUCUCAAAAUCCCUCUGCAAGUUUCUGUCCCCCCGGCGGAGAACCCUGCCUGCCGGAGUCAAACCAUCUGGGCUGGGGCUUUUCGGGCCCGCCAGGUGGACCGGGUGUCCCGAGCUGUGCAGGGCCCAACGACCGUCGGCGAUUAUGCUACCGAUCCAUACGACAAGGCGUUUGAACCCUUUGUAGAAUUUCAGACACUCUUGAAGAAACUCUUCCCCCUUGUACAUGCCCAUGCUAAGGUCGAGCAUAUCAACCGCCUUGGUUUACUCUACACCUUCCAAGGGGUCGACACGACCCGUAAACCAAUUCUCUUUACCGCCCACCAAGACGUCGUUCCAAUUGACGACCCAUCAGACUGGGCCCACCCCCCGUUCGAGGGCCACUUUGACGGCGAGUGGCUCUGGGGCCGCGGUGCCAGCGACUGCAAAAAUUCCCUGAUCGGGGUUUUGUCCGCCUUAGAAGAUCUGGGUAAAGAAAAAAAAAAGUUCCUCCUCGAUGAAGGUGGUAUGGGGCUGAGCAGUUUGGGUGGAGACUCCGACUCCGCAGAAGAGAUCUUAUAUGCACUUCCCGCUGUCGGGAAAAGGGGAAAAAAGACCUGGUCCUCGAAGGGGAAAACAGACUGUCCUCAGCUCGCGGUUCCGGGGAGGACACAGCUCUAUCCACCAUCGCGCGGCAUCGGGAUCAUCGCAGAGAUUCUCUACGAGCUGGAGCGACAGGAGCUCUUUACUGCAAAGCUGGACUCAUCACACCCUACCUACGGCAAGCUGGAGUGCCAGCGUAUUUCCCCGAUGGCGGUGUCAAGACCAAUGCCUUACCGGGAGAAGAUCUCUGCUAUUGUCAACUACCGCGUGGCUUUGCAUCAGACCCCAGACCUGGUUUGGGCUCGAUUCGCCGGCGUGACGCGUAGCGUCUUUGAGUCGCACCCUGAUCCUACCAAGCGCCAGUCGAGUCUGGCCCAUGGGACCGAAUCGGAAGAGGUAGUCGAGUCAGUCCCCAGGGUUGUUGUCACUGGCGACGUCAUGACUGGAAACACCGAUACACGAUUCUAUUGGUCUCUCACUGAAAAUAUCUACCGCUGGAGCCCUUCGCGCGAGGGGACUGCGCUGAAUAUCCACACGGUUGAUGAACGGGUUCAAUUGGAUGCGCAUCUGGAGGGAAUCAUGCUCUACUACGAUCUGGUCCGCGCCUUCGAUGGCUGGGACGAAAAAUUGGAGUAG